UUCCACGACAUUAAUCUAUGGGAAAUCGAGAUUCUCUUUGCUGUUUAUUGGUGGCGCUGCCCCUCACGCUAAUUAUGCCAACAGGGUACAGUCCUAGAAGUAAAUGCAGAAAUUGUACGCACAAAUCACCUCAAAUUUUAUUAUAAAGUUUUCUGCAUGCUAUGCAAUGAUGGAAAAAAGUGUAAGACGGGAAGUUGAAAAGACUUGGUUUUACGAAAUCCAAACCCACACACUUGAAACUUCACUCCACAAAAGGAAAGAAAAUGGGCGCCGAUGAUGUAGAAAAACCCCAAAUCCCACCCAUCAACGACCGCGACGGCCACCAGUUCCCGGUGGGUUCUCUCGUGGAAGUAUAUGUCAACGAGGAAAACAUGGGAGACGUCUAUUUUUCCGCCACCGUGGUCCCGCCGCCACACUCUCCCAGAAAAAGCAACACCCAAAUUUCCGGGGAAAAGCUAUACGUCAAGUACGAAAAUCUCCUGGCCCGCAAAAACAGGCCGGAUCGGCUGCGCGAGUGCGUCGACAUCUCGAUUGUGCGGCCCGCGCCGCCGCUGCUGCAGAAGGCCGCCGCCAAGCGCUUCGAGCCAAACGACGUAGUCGACGCGUUCUACAAUGACGGGUGGUGGAAGGGCGUCAUCAGCAGCGUGGUAGGUGGCGGCGAGAGGUUCGUGGUGACGUUCGAGAAUCCUCCCGACGUGCAGGAGUUCGGGCCCACCGCGCUGCGGGCCCACUGGGAUUGGGCCGAUGGUGUUUGGACCGGCCUGGUGGAGAGAAAGGGUAAAAUGGGAAUUUCCGCGUUUGAGACGGGUGCGGAGGUGGAGAUUUCGCUUGAGGAUGCUUGGUUUCCGGCGGCGAUUGUUCGAGAUUUGGGGAAUGGGGCGUAUUUGGUCGAGAUGAAGGAUAAAAAUGGCGAGAUGGUUGAAGCUCAAGUCGAUUUUGGUCAUAUUAGGCCCUGCCCUCCCAUUUUUAGAGAGAGAAAGUUUGGGAUUUGGGAAAAAGUGGACGCCUUCUUCGAUUAUGGGUGGAGGAGUGGAUUGAUCAAGGAGAGGGUUGGAAAGAAUGAAUACAUCGUGUUUUUUGAGCUCACGAAUUUGAAUAGACUGUUAAACCAGUCGGAAUUGAGGCUCCAUAUGGAUUGGCGGGAUGGGAAAUGGUUCAUUGGCGGCGGCGACACGGCGCCACCGCCGUUGAAAUCGAAUUCAAAUGAUUCAGGGGAAAAGCACAACUCCCAAAUCGAACAUGCAGAUCAAGAAACUGAACACAUUGUUGAUCAAGAGAGGCGCUCGAAGCGGAAACAGGAUCAAAUGCGGCGGACUCCAUCUCCCAGUGAUGGCUCAACUCUGGCGCAAUGGAUUGAUGGCUCAACUCUGCUGCAAUGUCGAUGGGCAAACUCAAAAAGAAGAAGAAAAUUGCAUGUUGCGAAAAACUACAAACCCCCAAAUGAGAUUGCAAAUCAAGAAAACGAGCAGAUUCUCGGCCGCCAAUCGAUCGAUGAAGCUUCUAAGGAGCCAAAUUCUGCUGUGGUAGUAGCAGAAUCGAUUGAGCCGCGGGAGCAUAACGUCUUGCCCUUUGUGAAGCGCAGUGCAGUUUGGGAAGCCGUGGAGUCGAUGGAGGUGUUCAGAAAGAUGCCGCAGAGGCCGCAUUUCGAGCCCCUGCGCUUCUACAAGGAGCGCGAGCGCGAGGGGCUGGCCGUAGGCUGCAUGGUGACCUUCUCCAACUGGGUGGAGCUGGCUCGCGGCUUGAAGUUCAGCGAUCCCAGAAGCGUGGUGGACGACCUGUACCAGACGCUGCUCGACCUGCAGGCCCACGGGUUCGAAGCUGGGGCGGUGCGGGAGUUUGUAGUGAAGCUGGUGGCGGCCAAGGAGGAGGAGCAGAGGCUUGUGGAUGAGGCGAAGAGGAUCAAGGAUGAGAUUGAGGAGCGCGGGUGCAGAAGGAGCAAGAUCGAGGGCGAGAUGCGGGAGCUCAACGAGCAAAUCGGGAUGCUGCAGGAGAAGCUCGGGAUGUCGGAGAUGGAGAGAGCCAAGGAGGUUGAACAGAUUGAGCUUCUGCAGGCUGGAUUGGAGGAUACUCGCCACAAGAUUGAAUGUUUGGCUGCUUCUGUUUUUCAGUUGUAAUUGUAAUAAAUAGGGAGUUGAUGUUUUUUGCUUGCUUUAGUAUAGUGUAGUGGUAAACUCGUAUAUCGUUUUGGAUGUCCUCUGCCCUUUGAUUUGGUUGUGUUUUGGGGGGGGCAGGAAAGGGAUUACUUGAAUGAGAUGAGGAAGGUUUGGGGCCUUGUAAAUGCAAGCCUUGUUCUAGUUAAAAAUAUGUCCAGCUGUAGGAACGUCCUUCACUUUAACAUUAAAUAGAUUUAGUCU